AUAAUUCCCACAAGGCCACCACGGGACGGUUGAGCCUCCUGAAAAGAGAACAUGGCUAAAGACCACUGUGGUCUCUUGUAUUUUCGGUGAAGAGGAGAAACAGAAAGCCUGCCUGCUAUGGAAGAUGUUGGUGACUUAACUCAGUCAUCGGAGACAGCCUCAGAGUAUGGCAGGCCUCCCUGCCCUAAUUAUGAAGCUAUACUGAGGCUCAUUGAACGUCUCAGCCUGGAAUGCAAAGAUUCUGGUAGCCUAUUAAAAAUCCAGAAUGCAAUUCAUUCAUAUAAAAGGUUAAUACAACUGAAAACUGGUCACUGCAAAGUACUUCUAGAGAAACUUCAAACAGUGGAGAAUGAAGUCAACGGACUCCGUAAGAAGCUUGCAGACGCAGCACGUGAACAACUCCAACAAGGACAAGAACUCUGCAAUGUAAGGUUUACUUUAAAACAAGAAGAAGAGAAGAGAAAAAAUGUCGUCUGGGUUUAUGACAAAAUGAAGGAGCAGCUGAGAGAAAAAGAAGAUCAAUAUAACAAAGAAGUUAAAAUGAAACAAAAACUUGAAAUUCGUGUUAGGGAACUGGAUAUGGACCUGAAGACUGUGAGACAUAAUCUUAACACAGUUUUAGAGGAAAGAAACUGCAUCGAGAGACAACUUUUUCAAGAACAGAACACCAGAAUCAUACAGGAUGAGAUUCUGGCAAAUCACCUUCACAAACAAAAGGAGCUAAAAAUGGCACAAGAAAAAAUUAGCUCUCAGUUACAGGAAGCACCGGACCAACACACCCAGUGCACGGAGAAGAUGCGGGACUGCAUACAAAAGCUUGGACUUGAAAAUCACAAGUUAAAAGAGACAGCAAGAAAGCAAGCAGAGAAAAUUGAACAGUUAAAGAAAAAUCUACUAAGUGGAGUUUUGAGUGAUGAUCUUACUGAAAAAUUGGAAUCUGCAUCUGCCAAAUAUCUACAUCUCUAUGAACAAAAUCAGCUGCUUCGGCGGGAGUUACUGUCUAUGAGAACAAUACAAAGGAAAUGUGAAAAACUAAAGAAGCAUAAAAAGAAGUUAGAACAAGAAGUAGUUAGCCUUAGAAGUCACAUGAAAAGGAAUAUGAUAGAGUGUGGCCAAAUAGAACAGUAUAAAUGGGAAAUCGAAGAGAAGACAAAGCAGGAAUUGGUGGGAAAGUUAAAACAAGUCAACCUAUUCUUGCAGACACAAGCAGCGUAUGAAGACAAGCUAGAGAAGUUAAGACAGAAACAGAACGCUUCAGUGCGAACUCAGAUGGAGCUCAGAAUAAAGGACCUGGAGUCUGAAUUCUCUAAGAUGAAAAGUCAAGUUGAUUGUAAUCAAAUAGAAAUGGAAAACUAUAAGCAGCUCUACCUAGCGGAAGUGAAAAUUAGAAAAUCAUUGUCAAAUAAAUUAAGCAAAACAGAUGAAAGACUGGCAGAGGUCAAAACCAAACUUCUCCUGGAGAGAAAACAGUACCGAGCUUCCCAAUACAGCAUGGUGGACACAAGGCCUGCCCUGGAGCCCACUUGUCCUAGAGACAGUAAUAAAUUUUUCAUUCCAAGAAGUUUCUCAGGCGAAAUCAUGCUUCCUAAGUCAGACCUCUGGCACUCAAUUGAGACCAUGGAAAAUUGCAAGACCAAGGCUUCUGACCAGUUGUGCAUCUGUCUCUCAUCUCUCCAUUGACUGCUGUCCACUGCAGAAAGAAGCUUCUCUGAUGGAUGCUGAGACGAGCCCAGGUCCACAGUUCCUGAUGAAUCUGAAUCUGGACUCCGUAGAACUUCUCCUCUAGAGUUUACUCAUCUAUGAAGCUAGAGUCUUCCUAGACAACCUAUCAGAACAUGUAGAGAUUUUAAUAUAAAUGUGUGUGUGUGUGUGUGUGUGUGUGUGUGUGUGUGUGUGUGUGUGUAAUUUGAAAUAUAAAAUUUACUUUAAUAUGUUACUUGGCUAUUCAUAAAAUUUUUUGAUUAUUUUCCAAUAUAUAGGUUAAACAUUAAAGAAUAUUUUUGUAUCAGAGAUUAUGAAAGAAAGAUGAAAUUUUAAGACCUGUAAGACAUAUAAAGUACUCAGAAAUUGCUGGUUGUUUGUGAGCCUAGAGGCUGCCUGGGGCUGAGAACAAAGAAAAACAAACCCGGGUAUGCCCUGUAGUUAAAGCAUUCCUGAGAACAGCUUGACCAUAAAGAUAAAGAGGAAUGUGAGGACAUAACAGGGCUAUCUGAACUGAGUCAGCAUUGAUAAACAUCCAACUCACAGAACUCUGACACCCUGAUCUGCACGUACAUGUAAUUUUUCUGCUGAUGUUUGAAUAAGCCAAUAGUGUGUCUCUAUGCUGAAUUCCCCACCCCUAAGCCCUUUAACCCAUAAAAACCUCUAGCUUUUGAGCCUUGUCGUCAAAUCCACUGUCUCCUGCGAUACAUUUUGACAAGGAGCUCCGCCAUUAAACUACCUCGUGUGUUUACAGCAA